CUCAGCGGAAGUGGGAGGGGGAAGAAUUGGAAUCCAAGACCCAGCGCGCCCCUGCAAGAUGCGGCCGCAGCCCUUUCGCGCCUGCGGAGGGGGGCCGAGCGCGGGGGGAGGAGCGAGCCGGGCAGCCGCUGGCGGGUCCCACCUGCAGUGGAUGGGCGGGGCGGGGCGCGCCUCUUCGCGGGGGCUUCUUUCCUCCGCUCCUGCUCUUCGCGGCGCCACGCUCUGCCAUGGAGGCCCCCGCAGCCGGCGACGGGCUGGGCAGCACCCCCGAGCCCACCGUUGUGCAGCCGGCCCGAGACGCUCCGCCGGGGGAAGAGCCGCACCUCGCGGAGAGCGCGCAGUUCAGCGAAGAGCUGGAAGACCGAGGUUUGCUAGAAAGCAGUACCAGGUUAAAACCUCAUGAAGCUCAGAGCUACAGAAAGAAGGCACUAUGGGUUUCAUGGGCCUCCAUUAUCGUUACGCUAGCACUUGCAAUUGCAGCCUUCACUGUCUCCGUAAUGAGGUACAGUGCUUCAUCAUUUGGAUUUGCUUUUGAUGCCACUUUGGAUGUUUUGUCAUCUGUGAUAGUUCUGUGGCGCUACAGUAAUGCUGCUGCCGUACAUUCAGCGCACAGAGAAUACUUAGCUUGUGCCAUCUUGGGUGUGAUAUUUCUUCUGUCUUCUCUAUGUAUAGUGAUCAAAGCCAUCCAUGACCUUACAACUAAGUUGCUUCCAGAAGUGGAUGACUUUCUGUAUAGUGUUUCCAUUUUAAGUGGUAUCCUUUGCACUACCUUGGCAGUGAUCAAAUUUAUGUUGGGGAGUGUGCUUACCAGCAGAGCUUUGUUAACUGAUGGUUUCAACUCCUUAGUAGGAGGAAUAAUGGGAUUCUCCAUCCUUCUAAGUGCAGAGGUUUUUAAACACAAUGCCUCUGUCUGGUACCUGGAUGGAAGUAUAGGAGUUUUAAUUGGACUUACAAUAUUUGCCUAUGGAGCCAAGCUACUUAUUGACAUGGUCCCUCGUGUACGGCAAACACGUCAUUAUGAAAUGUUUGAAUAAAGACAGUGCUAUGUGGACUGGACAAGGAUUGCAGAAACAUCUAACAUCUUGGCAAGUGGUGCCAAUGAUGUUUCACAGAAUAUGCACUGUCUCCCAUAGUAUCUUUUCUUUUAACGUUACUGUUCAAAGGGAAUUCUGUACAAAUAAGGCAAUAUAUGUGCCGCUUAGAUUUCAGUAAAAGCAGCAGCAGCAUUUUCCUUUUGAGUGUGCUAUUAAAAUCCUGCAGCUGGCAAUGAAAAUGAACAAAGUUUGCAGUUCUAAUCCAGCUGCCAUGGCUUGUCUUCUGGAGUGAUGAGGGGCACUGUAGACAAGGGCCAACAUCAAAAAAGGGAUAGCCGCUUCAUUGUAUUCUCUUUCAGCAAGCUUUUAAGACUAUGACAUUUUUUGUGGUGUGAGCUUCUAUAAGCAAGAAUCUAAAGUUCCAUCAGACAGGAGAUGGCUGCCACCAGUGUGGAAGUUGAUGUCUUGCAUAGAGAACUUAGUGGUAUAUCAUACUUAGAUUAUGGAUGCCAACAGAUGCCACUUGAUGCAUGGAAUUAUUUUUUUCUAUAUAAAAUGGAACUCCAGUCUCAAAACCAACACCACCAGAACUCAUCAAGCUGCUGAAUCCUCACAGGUUGUUAAAAGAACUUAGUUCUAAUUUAAUAUGAUUUUCUAAAUGUCUCUGGGUUUAGGUCCAUAGGUUUAGGAUUUCAAACAAUGCAUCUGUCAUGUUAUACUACACAGACAAAAAUAAGCACACUGUAUUAAAAUGCAAGCAAAAGCCAAAAAAGUAAGAGGAGUAAAGUAUGAAUCUGUGGUUUUGUUUGUAUUAUACACUAAUAUAGAUGUAUAGCUAAAUACAUGUUGUCUGGUCAAGUAAAACAGUGAUGGUUUCAUUCAGCUAACACCUCAGAGCCGUUAGAGCUAGUAGUAUUCUGUAAAUAUCCAUAUUCUUAUCCCAUCAUCCUAUGUAAUUUAAUAUCUUGAUCACACUAUCCAAGUACCAUCAAUGUUCAACCAAUAAAACGACGACCUGUUUUGUACUUGUA